GCCAGACCCUUAAAGGAGCGGUCCUGGCUUGCUUGAGUUCGAUCUCGGAGCUCGACUGCUGGCUGUAUAUUUGCCUUUUCCUCACCCCGUUCUGCGGAGGAAAGAGCAAUUCACUAUCCUCUCAUUUCCCUUCGGAAGUCCAAGCUGUGGUCAUGGCAGACAGUCACCCAUCACCAGCCCCAGAAGAGAAGAUGUCGAGACCGCUCGAUUCAGAUAGUUCUUCGACGCACUCGAUGCCCGUCCCGAUUGCAACGGCCGAGCCAGAGCUCGAAAAGUCCACCAGCAAAGCCAGCCAGAGGACACAGCGGACUGGCCGCUCAGAUCGAGCGCCAGCGACGACCGCACAGGACUGGGACCGAGACGAUGAUCCCGACAACCCUCAUAACUGGUCGAUUCCGAAGAAGAUAUACCAUACCCUUACGCCUGCUCUGCAGAGCUUUACUAUCACCUUUGGAUCGUCGGUUUAUAGCCCCAGCAUCCCCGAAGUCGCCCGUGACUUUCAUAUCAGCGAAACAGCCGCAAUCAUCCCACUGAGCAUCUACGUGCUAGGCCUGGGCAUUGGACCUGUGGUCAGCGCCCCAAUCAGUGAAACAUACGGCCGUCGUGCAGUGUACAUCCUCUUCUUCCCUGCAUCGCUACUGUUCACAUUGGGCGCCGGCUUCUCCAAAUCCUUCGGCUCGCUCGUGGCCUGCCGCCUUCUCGCCGGCCUCUGUGGGUCAGGAUGCCUUGCUGUCGGAGCGGGCACCAACGCUGACUUGUUCACGCAUUACCAUCGCGCCGUCUCGAGUGCUUUCUUCCUCAUGGCGCCCUUUUUCGGGCCUGCGCUGGGACCGGCCAUUGGCGGAUACGUCGCCAUGAAGAAAGGAUGGCGUUGGACGCAGUGGAUCAUACUUUUCUGGGGCGUCCUCGCGUACGCCGUUACCAUUUUCUCGAAAGAAACGUACAAACGCAUUAUACUUCAGCGGCGCGCGAAGAAACUCGGUCUCCAACCACCAAAGAACCCACUCCCACCGGGAAUGUCGAAGAUGCAUUUCAUCCUGGUUGUUACCUUGUUGAGGCCUUUGACUAUGCUUGCCACAGAGAGUAUUGUCGCUUUCUUCAGCAUCUACACAGCGUUCAACUUCGCCGUGUUGUUUGGCUUUUUCGCAGCAUUCCCGGUUGUAUUUCAAUCGCCGUAUCCACAGGUGCAGGUGUAUCAUUUCAAUGUCGGCGAGUCCGGGUUAGUGUUCCUGGGCAUUGGAAUCGGCGUCGUGAUGGCGACGCUGAUUUUCAGUAUCAUGGACAGAUUGACAUACAAAAAGAAGACGUUGAAGAAACGCGCUCAGGGGGAUUUUGCACCUCUACCGCCCGAGGAAAGACUCUGGCCUGCGAUGAUUGGGAGUUUCUGUCUGCCUAUCAGUUUGUUCUGGUUUGGGUGGUCGGCGCGCAGCGAUGUCCAUUGGAUCUCACCUAUCUUGGCGACGAUCCCAUUCGGCGUGGGCAAUCUGUUGGUCUUUUGCUCGUGCGUGUUGUAUCUGCUGGACACGUAUGGGCCGUUGGCAGGGGCGAGUGCCGCUGCGGCGAAUGGGUUGUUGAGGUAUGUUGUUGGGGCGGUGUUUCCGCUUUUCACGGUGCAGAUGUAUCGUGCCUUGGGCGUGGCAUGGGCUACAAGCCUUUUAGGAUUUGUGACCAUUGCGCUCCUGCCUAUUCCGUGGGUUCUGUAUAAGUUUGGACCUAGAAUUCGGCAGAGGAGUGCCUACGCGCAGCAUGCGCAGCCUGUAGCGAGGUAACAUGCGAGCCUUCAGGACGUCGUUAAUUGGUCGA